ACAUCCGCGAUCCUCCCCGCCCUCCCUUUGCCACGCAGACCGGUCACUUCCGCCGAGGAGCUGGAUUGGGUUCUGGUAGAGCUUCUCAGUCUUAAUUUACCAUGGCUGGUAAAACUGGAACAGAACAUCUCUUUAAUGCAGCCACUGAAGUUGAGACAACAGGAACAUUGUUGAGCAACAAGAUCAACAUCCCAGCACUCUUACCCCAAGGCCCAGCUAAGGAAUGGCUGGAUCAGCGUCGGGCCACCAUUCGUCCCUGGGCCAACUUCCUGGACCAGAGGCGUUUUUCAAAGCCUCUGAAUUUUGGGGAACUGUGUAAACGCCUUGUCCGCAACGUGGAAUAUUUCCAGAGCAAUUAUGUCUUUGUCUUCCUAGGGCUUAUCGUCUAUUGCCUCAUCACCUCACCUUUACUUUUGAUUGCGCUUGCUGUGUUCUUUGGGGCCUGUUACAUCAUGUACUUGAAGACCCAACAGUCCCAGCUCGUUGUGCUUGGGCGACAACUCAGCACAGCCCAUCAAUACAGUCUGGCCGGAGCUGUCUCUUUUCCUUUCUUCUGGCUGGCGGGCGCUGGCUCAGCUGUCUUUUGGGUGCUAGGCGCCACCUUGGUCGUCAUUGGUUCGCAUGCCGCCUUCCAUGAACUGGAAUCCGCCGAGACCGACGAACUGCAGAUGGAGCCCGUGUAAAAAAAGAAAGAAAGAAAGAAAGGCUGCAGAAUUCCCCUCUUGGAUCCGUCUCUCCCUCUUUUACCCCGCUUGCUGUUACAUUAUGCCUAUGUAUCCGGUGCUGCUAUUUCAUUCAACGUCAAUAACGCCAACUUAAAUUGCCAUUCCU